CGAAGCAAGCAGACCUCGAGACAACGCGCACUGACUGAAAUAUAUUUCCUUUGGCUAUUGAGUAGCAAAUUUGCAAAGAUGCCGAGGUCCUUUCUUGUGGAUUCGUUGAUUUUGAGGGAGACUAACGAAAAAGGGACCGAGAACAAUCCACCUUUAUUCCCGUAUGCCGUGCACCCCUCUCACCCACUCCAUGGGCUGUCGGGUUCUUGCCACUCACGAAAGGCGGGCUUGCUGUGCUUCUGUCCGCUUUGCAUGGCGGCAUCCCAACUUCACCCAUCUCCACCAUCUUUACCUCUCCUGAAGGCAUCCUUCCCUGCCUUUGGUUCCCAAUAUUGUCAUUCCACUCUAUCAAGGCAACACUCGUCCACAGGCGUCAACCUUAACCACGGCCCGGGGAUAUACCAAGCAGCCUAUUCUGUUCCAGACCCUCGACAGUUCCACUGUAUCUCCAUCGAAAACAACAACAGCCAACUUCAGAGCAGCAAGCGCAUGCGCACAGCGUUUACCAGCACGCAACUUUUGGAGUUGGAGAGAGAGUUCACCUCCAACAUGUACCUAUCCAGACUCCGACGCAUCGAGAUCGCCACGUAUCUAAACCUUUCAGAAAAACAGGUCAAGAUUUGGUUCCAGAACCGGAGGGUCAAGCACAAGAAAGAGGGAAAGAGCGGUGGGCACAGGAACGGCUCGCACGGUUGCAAAUGCUCAUCAGCACGAUGCUCGGAGGAAGAGGAUGACAUACCCAUGUCGCCAUCCUCAUCAGGGAAAGAGGAUGCAGACUUGUCCGUCUCUCCGUAAAUUCCUCCUCACCAUAAACCCAGACUUGAUCAACACACCUGUGGAAUUCAGCCAAAAAUUCGACUGUUCUGUUUUAUGUCCAGUCACCUGUACAUACGAAGAGAAUAUAUAACCAGGAAAUUGCCCUGGAAUGUUGUAUAGUUGUAUACCUGUUUUUCUUUCUGAGAACAAACCAUUCGUUGUUGCCAAUCCAAACGGAUCUGUUAUAUCAAGAGCCACCGAAAACUUUGCUAAUUGAAAAAGCCAAACGACCAAGUGAAUAUCAGUAAAGUUCAUUUCUAAAUCUGUUAUAAUUUUUUUAUGGUAAAAAUAUGGGUAUUUUGUAUGCUUUAAGCACGUCUAGCUCUAGCCUGUAUGUGGAUGGCGCAGUAGCGGGGACAUGGAAAUUUUGGGGAGGAAUGUUUUCUUGAUGUCACGUUACUAAGACUGUAAUUAUAUCUUCAACGUAAUGAAAAUAUUUAUUUAUUUAAAAAUGUUGAUACUUAAAUAAAGAAUAAUUCUGAGAGAUAUACUCAUGGCUCUGGGUCAAAUGGUUUACACUUGCGCACCACUGGGAGCGCACACGAUGGCUGUAAUGCGUAACCCAUGCGUGCGUAUUGUCAGAUGCACGGGCAGCGA